AUGUCGAAAGUCAACAGAAGAAAGGAAAUCAAAGAGAAAGAAGCGUUCCAGCUCAAAUUCCAGCUCGCCUUGUCUCGAAACAAUAAAGCUGUUUUGAACUGGCUACCGAAGAACGAAGGAACAUCGGCUGCAGAAAUCUCCGCUUCUGAUCGCCAGGAAUUCCUCAAUUUGCCUAUAGUGCCUGCCGGGAGCAGCCUAUCUCAUCUUGAAAAAUCAGAGGAAUAUACAGUGGGAAGCUUUUUACAAACAGAAGGUCCUCCAGCUAAAAGAACGCAACAUGAAAAUCGGACCGGAUCAAAAGCCAUGACAGCAUUGAUGAACAAAAUGCGUGGGGAAUCUCGAAGAAAAGAACCAGUAAAGAAACCUCAGCGGCGCAUGAUUGAUGAGGUUAAGAAGAAGAAGAAAGUUAUUGAGCUGGCCGAACCUGACUCCGACGAAGAAGAGUCGAAAUCGGCACAGAUAACUAGAAAGCAGACCAAAGUUCUCAAGGGAAGACCGUUUUGA